AUGGAGCCCGAGCCCGAGCCAGACUUACGGCGGCGCGAUAGCCGACAAUCGGAUGAAUGGGUCUCUACCGCCAGCUCCCAUAGUAACGACAGUCGCAAUGAGGACAUUCGCGAUGAGAGAAACAUGAUUUACUUGACCGAUCACCUCGGCAUUCGUUAUGGCGCAGAGCCUCUUUUGAGAGAGAUAUACGCCAAAUAUAGCCAAUCCUACCUCGACAGAAUCACAAAGGACGACUAUGUAAUUAAAACACAGGGUGCUACUAUACUCCCAAGUGUUUGGGCUGCUGUUGUGCGGCCUCGUAUAAAUCUCAAUAUCGAAUUUCCACAGGAAGAGUCUGACUCUGAGGUUGAUUAUCGUCGACGUCCAUCGUCUCGUUCUCGCACAUGGUCACCUGUGCGACUUCAGCGAGACAGUGAGCGAGUCGAUGUACGUGACACUGACGAUGACAUUCGCGUCGUAACAUUCGAGGACGACUCGCCAUGGGUGCCGUCGGUACCUCGUCGGGAAACUGACCUUGCCUCCAACUCUGAUUCUUCUGAAAGCGUCACGUCAACGAGCGACCAAGAUUCGCCUACAGAACAAGCAGACCCACCGGAGCCGCCUCGUGAAGUGGUCGCUCCGAUGGAUGUCGAUGGAAACCAGCUAUCCUUUCAAGUCGACACGAGGCAUGUACAGAACCUAAUUGGAUUCAGCCAGGACCUCCAGGAUCAAAAAAACGACACGCAGGCUCACUCAAAAAGAAAAGAUGUUGACAAUUAUCGCGUCGAGACGUUUCGAAUCACUAAAGCCAUAAUCAGAGAGACUCAAGGACAGAACCAGCUUCAGGUCCACGUUCUACCAGGGCCGGAAAACCCUCACUUGGAAGAUGCAGUAUCAUUUACGUGGUGUCAUAUUUCGGCCACUCAGCUUGAUUUUGCUCGUUUCAGGGAUGUCUGCCUGACCAUGCCACAUACCAGUGACCAGCUACGCAAACUUACUUCGGAGAUGCUUACCAAGGUGUACACCGAAAAGGUCAAGCCUUUCGAUGGUGGCAUGUUUAUUGAGCCAGGGACGGUUUUGCGAGCUGAUGAAUCAGACCAGUCGGAUCCACAGUCUGUCAUUUUCGCCUGCGUCCCAUACUUCUCCUUGAGCACCCAAGCCAAGAAGCCUCCCCGUGCCGAGAAUGACCUGUUUCCACAACGAACCCUGAUGCAGACAUUCUACCCCUAUGAGCCAGUACGCGAUCGAGAUGAGGAACAGUCUUAUCGGAGAUUUGAUGACACGCGCUCCGAGAACAUCAUCCAUGUACCGAAUAUCUGGUUUAUGAUCAUGGGGUCCAGUCAUGUUGUAUCGUGUGGGCAUGUGCCACUCUCCAAGGAAAUGACAAAUUCAAUGGCCAUCAUCCAAGAGAACAUCAAAAAGCUCGGUGUUCAGCCUGUUGCAGACAACGAUCUGACAAUGAUCAAAUUUUCGGACUGGGGAGAACGUGAAUUUAUAUUCCCCCUCAGCACUUGCAGAUCGUACUUUCAGAUGGAGGCGAAGGUUCGCAUGAUUGGAUACAUCUUCAACAAUAAGAGUUUGGAUGCGGAGAUUCAUUUGCAACAAAGAUCCCGAGAUAGCAACUGCAGUCUCACACCGAACAUGUGGAGGGAUAUAACCAUGCGGAAUGAUCUCCUUUCAAUCAAUUUGGUAGUAGCGGGCGACAAAGAAACAGGUCAAACUGGCAGCCAUAUUACCGCGGCAUACAGCGCCUACGACAGUAACAGAAGCAGACCCGUGUCGGUACCCCCUUUUUUUCAUUGGCCACAACACGGUGCUGGCAAAGCAGUCAAGAACGACAAAGACGCAACAUCAGUGGAUGACUCCAGUGCACAGCAACCUUCUCGUUGCCUGGAGCAGGUUGGAAAGGCUCUGAUGACUACGAUUCUGGAGGCAAGAACCACUACGAACGCUGUCGAUCACACAUUUACCUCGACCAGUUACUAUGAAUCACUGCCCAAGGCAACAUACGCAGAUGCUUGUGCUGAUUUUGCCAAUCUCAAACGUCGAUGCGAAGCAGUCGAGAAAGGCGUGCCCAGUUCUACCUUCCAUGAGAACAUGAUCAACGGCCAGCGCACUAGCAUUGUGAACAGAUCGACAGAAUUCUUCAAUCUCUCUUGCAUGAUUACCAAGCUUUUCCUUAGUGACACGGAUGAGAGCGGCGUGAUGAGUAAGCUGUGGGGCGUUAUGAUCAAAAUCCAGCAGCACGUUGCCAAACUCGAAAAGUACAAACCUAGGAGUAGGGAAAGUGGCAAAGACGCGGUUCCUCGAGAAGACGAUGUUGAGACGACUGGCAACUCUUGGCUGAUCCGCCCCAUGGCGAAGCCUAGUCUACUGUCUUUUCCAGAAAGCCGUCCAGAAUUGUCCAAGUCAAUCGCGGCGUGUAAGACAUGUAAAAGGUUACACUCGUUUCGCAGCCAAGAAGAUGCGCUUAGACAUCUGCAGCGCCACACCAACCACGAAAGUGAGUCUGGGAAGCGGCAGAAGGCUACUGAGCCGGAUGGCCUACAAGGUGAACAAAUUCCAGCCGAGGAUGUCGCUAUGGAUCCGCAAGCUAAGGACUGGGUCAUGGCAUCGACAGAAUUUUGGCAUGAGCAGACAAAUGCUGGAGCACUGGCAAUACUCACAAAGGCAUGCACUCUGGCAAAGAACAUAAUGGAGCAAGCUCAACAACUCAUGGCCGGAGUUCAAAACGAAGAUGGCCAGAUGUCUGAAUUGUACACUCUGCCCAAGGAGCUCUCUGAAGCAUUUCGCCACAUCAUUGUCUUCUUCAUGGCAACUGAGCGAGCUUUGGACGAUGCCGACAAGGCCCAUGGACAUGAAUACCGAUUCAAAGAUGCGUAUGAGCGUAGCAUCCUACCAUAUGCGGACAGAGGCCUCGAUGUCUUGGAAAGAUUUGAGGCAGGCGCAAUGCGGUCGUUGAGAGUUGCACGUGCACGUUUGUGCGAAAUGGCUUCUCCUCCCCAACCACGGCGUGUGAUGGAGCACCUUUCUCGGGGACCUCAGUAUAUAUGUGGCGAGCUAAUGAGGGGAUUGUUACUGAAGCCGCUUGAGAAGCGUGAAACUGUGGGCGAUUUGUACCGGGAGUACAUAUCGAGGCUCCAAUUCCAAGUCAACCACCACCCGAGUAAACGACUCCUUCGUGACCUCAAUCUUCUUCAAGAAGAACUCCAGAUCCUUACGUCGAUAACCAUGCAGCAGGUAACUCUUAUCAAGAACUACAUCCGUGUUCUCUACGACGGGUCAUAUCAGAAGCCAACACCAUCCCGACAAAGCAUGUUUGUGGACGAGCUGAGUCUGUUCCGAAGUUGCCUUGAAAGUCUCAAUCUUGUCCUGGAAGAUUACGAGGACCUCAUUCGACGCUGCAGUCCUCUCGCCAAUCGUACAAAGCAAAGUCUCGAGAUCAACGAUGAAGACCAUGGUAAGGCCAUCAUGGCUUUCACGGUGGUGACUGUCAUUUUUCUGCCGCUGUCGUUUGCAACGAGCUAUUUUGGCAUGAACACUGUGGAUAUUCGUGACAUGAACCAGAAGCAAGGCCUUUUCUGGAUUGUAGCCAUACCGCUGACUGUGGUGACGGUGGGGGCUUGUCUACUCAUUGGAUAUAACGGCGAUCAGCUUCGUGACAUGAUUUCAUGGCUAUAUCGCAGGGCAAUGGGUAAGGAAGAAACUGGUACUGGAGGCGGAGGCAUCAGCGUUCCACGACGAAAACGUCCACUUCAUCCACUCGGAAAUUCAAGCAGUACACUUCAGUACUCAAACACUGUCGACGAGGCCGCGUUCGCUAUUCCCCGGCAAACUCUGGAGUGGGGCGGUGUAGCACACUCGGGUCCGACUUGGGUAGACGCAGACGAAGCCUGGUACACAGAACGGUAUGAUGCACCUGUGACCAACACAAGAUCCAACUUUCGCCCGGUAGCUCGAAUGCAAUCUUAUGCCGAACCGAUAUCCAUGGCCCCGGAGCCUUCGUACAGAAUACAGCCCUAUACGUACAAACAGAGUAUACGCCAUGCCAACGAGUAUGUUGCAGUACCCCAAAGCAGGACUUACGAUCCUUAUACCGAAGCAAUGGGGCGUGCUCGCUACGACUACAAUGAAGAGGAUACCUACAUGCGAGGUGGGCGACAUGCCUUACCACGGCGCCAAGCAUUCCGAGCAGAAGUGCCGAUUCGCAAGCUGUCGGCCAGGAUAUAUGAGACUGACGCGCUGAAGGAUGAUGAAGCGGGCGGAUACACAUGGGAGAAAAAGAGGUCGCAUAGAAGUCAUAACGACAACAGGCGCACGCGGGGCGAAAGAGCUGUUGAGACAAGAGAUGAGAGCUGGUACCGGUAG